AUGUCUUCAUCAUCAUCAUCAUCAUCAUCAUCAUCAUCAUCAUCAUCAUCCACUGAUGUUUGGGAUUGUCCUGAAUUUGAUUUUUUUCUUCCAAAUGAACGAAAACAACUUAAAAAUGCAUAUCAAAAUUAUACAAUAAAUACAAAACAAUUAGAUAAUGAAGAAAAUAAUAAAACAUUUGUUCAAUCAAAACUUCAAUUAUUUCAAUUAUUUAUUCGAACAUAUCCGAUUAAUAUUCGAAGUUUUAGUUUAUUUCAUCAACAACAACAAAAAUGUUUUGUUGAAAAAUUAUUUUAUUUAAUUUUAAAUUCUGUUGAUAUGACUCAUUUUCAAACAUUUAAUAUUCAAUCAAUAAUAAAUAUUAGUACAGAAUUUGAAAAAUAUCAACGUUAUACAAAUAAAUCUAUUGAAAAUACGGGUAAAUUAAAUGCUGUUAUUCAAUUUGUUUUAUCAUUUUCAUCAUCGACAACAUCAUCAUUUUCCAUUAAUAAUUUAUUUUAUUUAUUAUUAAAUGAUAUAAGUGAUUUUAGUGGAAAAUCAGUUGAUCGUAUAUCAGAAUUAUUAAGAACAUAUCAUUUUAUGACAUAUGGACAUGUUAUUAAUAAAAAUUAUCUUAUUACAACGGUGGAUAAUGGUUUAAGUAUAAUGAAUUAUUGUAAUCCAUCAAUAUAUGUUUUAUAUGAAAAUUUUUUAAGUAGUUCAUAUGUUUAUAAAUGUAAUAAUAUCCAUUUACUUUCACUUCAUUGUAAUUCAUCAUCAUCGUCAUCAUCAUCACCAUUGUCAAAACAAAAACAGUCAACAUUAAAACCAUUAUCAUUAUAUACAAUAAUUCAAAAUUUAUCAUUUUUAUUAUUAGGUUUACAAUUAGAAGAUUUUCCAUCAGAUGAAAAAUAUUUAAAUUUAUCAGCAAAUACUUGUUAUAAUAUUAAAUUAACUAUUCGUUAUCUUGUUUAUUUAUAUCAACGUCAUCAAUUAAUAAUCGAAUUUCCAUUAUGUUCAAUUAAUAAACAAAUUGUUGUUUUAUUAGUUCAUUCUAUAAUUGUAAAAAAUCAAACAUAUGAAAAUAUCAAACAUCUUUUUGAUCUAUUACACGAAUAUAUUCAUCAUAAACACAUUAAAUCUAUAUUAAAAUUUUUAUUAGAAAAACAAUUAUUUCAAGAAUAUAUUAUUAAAACUUUAGGCUAUUUUCAUGCAUUAAAUAAUAAAUUUAAUGAUCAACAUGAUGGAUAUGAUAACAGUGAAUAUAGAUAUGGAUUGAAACACAAUCAAUUUAAAUUAAUAACCAAUAAACAUUAUUCCAUAAAUAUCUAUGAUACGAUAUUAACAGUCUAUUUUAAAUAUUUUAAUAAAUUGUAUCAGCUAUUUGAUACAACUUCAACAACAAUAUCAUCGUCUACAUCACAAGAUCAGAUUGACAUAUCUGAUAGACAAGUGGAUUAUAAGAAAUUUGAUGAAUUGAUCAGUAAUUUGGUCGACUAUUUGAAUGAUAAAGUUGAAGAUGAGGAUAAAAUUGAUAUUGGACAACUGCAAACAAUAUUCUUAUUAAAUUCAAAUAAUAAACUAGAGACAGUCAAAUAA